UUAGACACUAUAUAAAGUCACUUGUCCCUAGUUAGAGUCCAUUUCUACGAUGCAGGGCGUCGUUGAGUAUGUUGGUAGCUUGUGGCGGCGCUGGACAGGCGGUGAUGAUGAGAAGCCGACUCCGGUCGUUUGGGCGUCAGAGCAGCCAAAUUGGGAUGGCUUGAAGGACGCUCUCGACGUCGACCCUCACGAGUUCAUGCAGCAGAUACUGUCUGAGGCCACCGCAGAGUCUCUGGCUAAAAGAGGUUAUGCAAUUGUCAAACUGUCACCAGAAGUAAUAAAGGCCUGUCAGGAUAUGCACAUUGCUAUGGCAACAUUUAUGAAGCAGUCAGCAGAUGAAAAAGCUAAAUUUGCGACAAAGACUGACGACUUGCUGUACUCGCCGAAUCAGUAUCAUGGUUACAGUAAAAUGAAAGGAUUGAAAGAACAAUUUAUGGUUCGAGCAUGUGGGCAUGGUAUGCCACUACUAUUUCCGGGAUCGUAUCCUACGGGAGUCGAAACCGAUUCUGUUAGGAGUCCUCACUUUGGUUGUGCCAGUCUGAAGUUAUACUCCCUUCUUGAUUUAUUGUGUCGCUCUGUACUGGAACAAGUCUGCGAUGCUAAUCACAUUCCACGAAAGAAGGGAGAGGAUAUUCUCGAUCCUCUCUCUUCUAAUCAUGAUCGUCUAGAAACAACCGUGGCAGAUGACAGUAAAUGUUGGACGUCGUAUGUGUUGCCUGGUUAUAUCUCUAGCUCUCUACUCGACAUGUUUCACUAUUACAAUAAGUUUGAUCGUGAAGAUGGCAGUAAUGAGAAGUACAAAAACAAUCACUUAUCGCAUACAGACAGUGGCAUCUUGACUUUGGUGCCGUGUGCUGCUAUACCAGGAUUAGAAGGAAAUGAGUCUAUACGUUUUGUUGCCAUACAGUCAAUUAGUGAGUGGAUCUCUUUGGAAAAGAUCAUUCAUGAUGCUACGUCAACUGAAGGAGCUGAAAUGUUUUCAAGAGAAGGGUUUGCUACUGUGUUCUGGGGUGACAGUUGUGUGUAUCUGACUGGUGAAAAUGCCCAGCCUUGUCUUCAUCGUGUGGCAAGGAGUGAUCUGGAACGCUACUCUUAUGUAUUCAAGAUGAGGACUCAACCUGAGGCUACUGCACCUCGCUAUCAAGAAGAUUUUGAUUUGGCAGUGUUGCAAAGGAAAGCUGUUAGUGACUACUCAAGCAAUUCAUGAAUUUUCUCAAAGCACGUGACUAAUUAAUUAAUGUGCACGCGCGCACGUGUACAUUAGAUCAGUCAAUUCAAAUGUCAGCACAAAUAAAACUAGCAAACUAAAAUUUUAUAGUUAAACGUAUGUUUUCACAUCAAUUACUAUAUAGCAGGUACUUCGGUAAGUCUACUACUGUACAUGUAAACAUUUUAAUAUUGAGGGGAGGAGUCAGAAUGACAUGAGUUACCCGGAUAUGACGUACGUGUG